GUCGUCCCGUCGUUCGGAUAUCCCUUUUUUUGGCGCACAAUUAGGUAAUUAACGCACUUUCAAUUGGACAGUUUGACUAAAUCGCUCAAUGAGAAAGAAUUGGAUGGGCCGUUCGACAGUUUAGUCAAUUCGAAUACUCGUUUGCACGAAGAAGAUAGAAUGCCGUCCGACGCCAAGAAAAAGCAACAGCAGAAGAAAAAAGAUGCCGCGAAAGCAAGGCAAUCAGGAAAAAAGCCUGUUGGGACGGCUAAACCCACGGAAGAAGGAAAAGAGCAGAGCCCCGCACUGUCAGAUGUCCAGAACGGUACCAACGGGGCUGCUACCCUCAGCGCUGAAGAGGCUCUUUGCAUGAAGCUGGAAUCAGAUGCGAGACUGAACGCGGAAGCUCGCGCGUGUACAGGUGCUCUUGCCUCCCAUCCUCGCAGUCGUGACAUAAAAAUUUCAAACUUUUCUAUAACGUUUCACGGCUGUGAGCUGCUACAAGACACUAUGCUAGAGUUGAAUUGUGGGAGACGCUACGGUUUGUUGGGUCUGAACGGCUCUGGAAAAUCGACGCUUCUCUCGGUGGUAGGAAAUCGAGAAGUUCCGAUCCCCGAUGCGAUCGACAUCUUUCAUCUGACGAGGGAAAUGCCAGCGAGCAACAAGACUGCUCUUGAAUGCGUCAUGGAGGUCGACGAGGAGCGUAUACGUUUAGAAAAACUGGCCGAAGAGUUGGUCGACUGCGGCGAGGAAGAUGCCCAGGAACAAUUGAUGGACGUGUAUGAGCGAUUGGACGACAUGUCAGCUGAUACGGCCGAGGCACGAGCCGCUGGUAUACUUCAUGGUCUAGGCUUUACAUCAAAAAUGCAAAGAACACCGACAAAAGAUUUUUCCGGUGGAUGGCGCAUGAGGAUCGCCUUAGCUCGUGCUCUCUACGUUAAGCCUCAUUUGCUUUUGCUCGACGAGCCGACUAAUCAUCUCGAUUUAGAUGCUUGCGUAUGGCUCGAGGAAGAACUCAAAACGUACAAAAGAAUUCUUGUUAUAAUAUCUCACUCGCAAGAUUUUCUUAAUGGCAUUUGUACCAACAUUAUUCACGUAAACAAAAAGCAGCUCAAGUAUUACACCGGUAAUUACGAGGCAUUUGUCAAAACGAGAAUGGAACUUUUGGAGAAUCAAGCGAAGCAGUAUAACUGGGAACAGGACCAGAUAUCACAUAUGAAGAAUUACAUAGCUCGUUUCGGUCACGGUUCAGCGAAACUGGCGCGACAGGCUCAAUCAAAAGAAAAAACUCUUGCGAAAAUGGUUGCUCAGGGACUUACGGAAAAAGUAACGAGCGACAAAGUUCUCAAUUUUUACUUUCCUUCCUGUGGUGGAAUACCCCCACCGGUUAUCAUGGUGCAAAAUGUUAGUUUCCGCUACAACGAAGAUUCCCCAUGGAUCUACAAAAACCUUGAGUUUGGCAUUGAUCUGGAUACGAGACUGGCUCUGGUCGGUCCAAACGGAGCAGGAAAGAGUACGCUCCUCAAACUCCUCUACGGAGAGUUGGUUCCAUCAAGCGGUAUGAUUCGUAAAAAUAGUCAUCUUCGUAUCGCGAGAUAUCAUCAGCAUCUUCACGAACUACUUGACCUUGACGUUUCCCCUCUGGAUUACAUGAUGAAGGCUUUUCCGGCGGUAAAGGAACGCGAAGAGAUGCGCAAGAUAAUUGGUCGUUACGGUUUGACGGGCCGUCAGCAGGUCUGUCCCAUUCGUCAAUUAUCCGAUGGCCAACGCUGUCGCGUUGUAUUCGCUUGGUUGGCUUGGCAAGUACCUCACUUGUUGCUUUUGGACGAACCGACGAAUCAUCUUGAUAUGGAAACCAUCGACGCUCUCGCUGACGCUAUAAACGAUUUCGACGGAGGAAUGGUUCUUGUUUCUCACGACUUCAGACUCAUUAAUCAGGUUGCCGAAGAAAUUUGGGUAUGCGAAAAUGAGACGGUGACAAAGUGGCAAGGAGGUAUUCUCGAUUACAAGGAACACCUGAAAUCGAAAAUUCUUAAGGACAACCAGAAACGUCAAAAAGACAUUAUCAAUCGGGGAAAGUAGUGGGGAAUUUAUAUUUCGAGAUUCGCAACAACACAAAACUAAAACAAAACUCCUCCCUCGCCACCUUCGAAGCUCUUCUUUGUUCCAAUGCGCAUUCUCGGUCACCUUCCUCCUGUGUAGGAAUAAUUAUAAAUAAUAAACAAUCACCACUCGCAAUAUGCGCUGCUGUGCUAGCGUCUGCCGUGGUGACCCAGCCCAAGUAGUUAAUUUAUUUAAAUAUAAUGCAAUAAUCGGCAAAUUCAUUAAAGAUUAGUAGUUAUUCGAAGUGAGUUUUGAAAAUGCCAGUCCCCCGUAACGGAUCGAAUAUUUUGUUGUUUCAAAACUCGAAUACCCGUUUUAAGGAAUCAUUGAAAUUGAAUAAAUCGGAGAAUUUUUCGUGCGCACGAUCAGAGAAACUAUAUUGUGGAGUAAAGAAAAUAAGGACACUGACCGUUUUAAUCGGUGAAUACGCUCGGGUUUAUUAAAAAUAUUUUUUCCUCUACAAAUUUCAUAGUUUUUACUUUUUUUCCAACUUCAAUAAUAUCCGAUAACAAUAUUUUUUACAAUUCUAAUUUAUAUAAAAUGUAUCCAUACACUCGUACACGUACACACACACACACACACACACACACACACACACACACACACACACAGAGGCACGCAUACAUGCAAUAUUACAAUGGCGAAUUAGCGAGCAUAAUUGACAUUAAAAACAGGUCAGUGUAAUUUUGGAAGACGCAGAGUCGGAUGAAGCGAUUGAAACAUUCUCAAGUUUCCCAAUCGAUCUAUCGUUUAUCACAAUAAAGCUGUUUUUUUUUCUCAGAAACUAUGAGUCUCGUGUCUGUACAAUUUAUCAAGAGCUACGCCAAGAGAAUAAUACAAUAAAGAGUAUUGAAGUUUUAAA